AAAAGCAGAAAAUGAAUUUUGAGAACAAGAAGCAGAUGGAAGCUGAGUGGGCCCAAUACCUCCGCUGUGACGGCCUACCAGACCCUCGCGUGGUGACGCAGAUGAACACGUACCUUCAUAUCUGGCAGCAGAAGCCGGAGUGCGACCCUGACGAGCUGGAGAGGAGGUGCAUUGAGGCUCUGCCGAUGUUAGAAAUGCUGGAAGAAUUUGUUGCCAACUCCCGACAAUACACACCGCUACAAGCUCAGAGCUAUAAUGAAGUUCGAUUAGCCCUCAGAGAACAGCUCUCAAACGCCAUCCAGUUCGCCUCCUACACUCUCCUACGAGACAUGGAGAAGCAUCUCAAGUUUGAGUCCAUCAAACUGGCUCUCUACGAGAGAGAAUUCAAAGGACUCCGACUCAAUCUCUGGUGUGCUGUCAAGAUGCCCACUAGGAAACCGAAGCCGCUAGAACCUGACCCAGAGCCAGUAGAGCUUGCCUUCCCAUCCAUGAAGGUGGCUGUCAAACUGCCAAAGAUUAUAGACGGGACAUGCGUGUGUGUGCGUGCGGCCAGAUCUAUGAUAGACCUGCUCAGCGAGAGCUCCAGAACCUUCCACUUGGGUGGGGACAUGCCCAAUAGAUAUGUGGAUCUCUUCAUCUUCAACGUGAAAGAACACGUGGAGACGUACAAGCUGAAGAAAGAAUACGACGACAUCAGGAACAAGUUCUACAAAGAAAUCCGGGAAAAAGUGAGGGAGCUUGAGAACUUCUUGAAGGCGAACCCGUACACAAAAAAUGAAAAAGAGAAAGAAGAUCUGGACAACCUGAACAUGGCAGAACCCCCUUUCUUACCGGACCCACGAACGCACAUUGGUGAACAAAACGAAUUGGCAUUUCAAAAGUAUCUGAAGACAUGCAUGACCAGAACUCGUGCUGGAGAAGUGAAUCUUCGUAAAUAUAGGAUUUGCGGGGGCGUGUUGAAUCUGGAUCUGUUGACCACUCCUCCUCAGCCGAAGAAGAUGACUGGAUCCAUCGUGCUGACCACUCUUCAGCUCCCAAAACGCCUCCAGCCUAUGAAGUACCAGGUCCAGUACCGAGCUCCGUCCCCUCCCCCGCCGGGCGUCACCCGCACCCCCGAAGAAAUAGAAAGGGAGAUCAAGAAGACGGAGCAGGAGUAUGAGAAACUAGCGCUGGUGUUUAUAGACCUGCCCCAAGACGUUAUGUGGACGGAGCCGCCGGUGGUGUGCCAGUGGCAGGAGCAGCGUCGGUUGUGGACCAGCAACUACGUCAACGACUACAAGUUCAACGAGGAUAAACUGACUGUGCAGUUUAGGACUGGGGUACUGUGGCCUAUAGGAAUAGCUGCGUUGAGGUACAGCAACCUACCCUACCAGGGGUGGGACGUGCGGCCUGACCCCCAGAGUAAAGGCGUGAUACUGACCGUGACAGGCGUCUGCGUGACUGUCACGUGGCUGUGUGUGGGCAACUCUGUCAGGCUGAAGUGGAUCGCCAACGCGCCCACCUCGGCACUGAAGGAGCACUUCAACAAGCCUUAUAGCGUGAAGAGGAUGACGCAGAUAAUGCGCGAAGCCGCGUGCGACUUUUUCCCGGACUUCGACGGGUAUUCUCACGUGGAAGGCUCCUGCCCCAAGGAGUGGGUGAUGGAGCGCCACAACUACCACGCCAUGGCCUUCCUGUCCAGGGCUUAUAACUUCCAGUGGAGCAGAUGGAACGCGGGCGCAGGUUCACGUAACAUUGUGAUGCAGAUUCGAGAAGCAGUUGACAAGAAAAGAGAGGCUAAAUUCCAAUUGCUGUACGUGACGCCACAACGCGCCUUCGUCCUGAAAUGUAACGAAAUGACUCAGGAGUUUAAUCUAGAGCCAAUGAUGGGCAUGAAGUUCUUCCCCGAUCUGUUCACUCUGAACAUGUCUUACGGAUCAGUCGACGCGCGGAGGGCGACCUUCAACAUGAAGUACCGACUGGUCGAGACCGUCUUCAAUAUGCUGCAAGAACUAAAACUGUCUAGCUUCUCAUAAUAUAGAUGACCCACGCUGAACUGUCCCACCAAACUCAAUGACAGGGGGCGCUACCAUCGUUCAACUUUAUGGUUUCCAACAUGGCAAAAAUCGGAACCAGCAAUUCGGUAUUGACGGUGGCGCCCCACUGUCUAUGUCAUGGAUAGGACAGUUCAGUAUUUUACGCUGCGACUUACGGUCACUUUCAAACAUUGGAAAUAAUAAUCUUUUUAAUGUCUGUGCUAUCGACCACAGUUCCAGCUACCCAUUUCCGUUUUUUCUCUCGCUCUCAUCAAAUUAAGAUUCUUUGCGAUAGAAAAAGAUGCAAUGAUGGGUACAUCUUGAUGUAUCAGUAUAACCAAUGUG